GUGACACCCGAGCGUAAACAGCAAAGUGUCGCGAGCAGUGAAGCGACGCGUCGACCUCAGCAAGUGAUCGAGAGUAAAAUUAUUUUUUGUACUUAACAAGCGAUCGUGUUUUUCGACCAAGAACGAGUGCUGAACAAUGGCCCAAGACAACCAAAACCAGAAUCGGGAGAUCGGACAAGAGAGUCACGAAUUUCUUCGUCAACUUUAUCCUUUGAUCAGAAAUUACAGAGGCCAACGUCCAAAUCUCCGGGACAUAUUUCGUCCCGAAGCAAUCGAUUGGCUUCUCAGUGACAUUAUUCAGAGGACAUCACCAUUGCCAUUGAGCGUCGAAGACGCACUCGAUCGAGAAGCGUUCGUCGACUUCGUGGCGCGCAGCGGCUACGAGGACGUCCCCCCCGUCGACGAAAACGGCGCGCCACUCGUGCUUCGCACCACUCCGAUACAUCACGCGGCUCGAUGCGAGCAAAACCAAGAAGAGCUCGUUGCGAAUCUGCUCGCGAUAUACGGCCAGAGCGUGAAUUACGUCGAUCCCGCGUCGGGCCUUACGCAUUUCCAGGUGGCCUGCCUGGCCGACUGCCACUCGGACGUUGGAAGAUUUCUCGAGCUCCGCGCGGUCGACGGCGCCGGGCCGGAUCCCAACGAUUCCGUAAUGCCGGGGGGUCAAUUGCCGCUGCACUGGGCUCUGUACCACGGCAAGAGGGAGCUGGCCGCGACGCUGCUGAGACACGGCGCGGAUCCGACUCAGGUCGACGACGAUCGAUUGAACGCCGUGCACCACGUUUGCAUGGGAAACGACGAUUUUAGAACGGCCAAGUUGUUCUUCGACGUGAUCGACGAGAUCCGGCACCCGUUGGAGAUCGACGCCAAAGACAGGUUCGGCUGGACGGCGCUCGUCUGGGCCGUGGCGAAUCUCAAGCCGCGCCUGGUCGACCUGCUCUUCGCUCGCGGCGCCAGCCUGGCCAACUUCGUUUUCCCCAGCGAGCGCCAAUUCGGCGAUCUUUGCGCGGCGCGAUGCGAAGAAUCGCCGGAAAAUUUUCUACUGAGACAGGCGUCGAGUGCUCUGCUCGUCGUCGAGCAUCUCGAGGCCAGAGGAUACGAGAUGAGCCCGGACAACGUCUGGACGGUCCACAACUUUUUCGCCAGGAACAGAUUGUUCGAGGAACCGCUGGACCCCGAAGACUUGUCCUGGUACGACAACGAGGAGUUCGCGAUGGACGCGCCAGGGAUAACGUUCGUUCCGGGCCUGUCGCUCUACGACCUGGUGCGAUUGCGACCCGAGGAAGCGGAACAAUCGCUCACGUGUUCGGACUACUGGAGGUUCGGGCUGACGAACCAGUUGACGUGGCUGCGCGACCCCGAGCAUCGGCAGGUCUGCGCUCGGCAUCUGUGCGACAAACUGUCGAGAGGAUUUUUCCGGCGCUGGGGAUUCGAUCUACUGCACAACGGGAACAACCGCAUCGUCGAGCAGCCAAUCGACGAACGAGCGUAAACUAACUGAGUCAAAGCUCGCGAUGAUGAUGAGGACAUUUCAAGUGUUUUCGUGAGGUGCAUCACGGCACCUAUAUAUACACGUACAAAAUAUGCAGAUGUGCAUAAAUCAAAUUUUUGAAACUCGAUUAUUGUUUUAAAAAGUGCAAUAAAGUGACAAUGAAC